AUGCGGUCGGCCGCGACGACGACGACGACGACGACGGCGGCGGCGGCAGCGGGGAUGCCGUGGGCCUAUCAGGCCGUCAUGAAUUACGCCCGGCUGCGGCAGGGCGGAGGUCCGUCGCCGGUGCAGCGGGCCCCCAACCUCCUCCUCUCGCGCCCCUGCGACGGCGUGCGGCGGGCGGUGUGGCUUUUCCACCGUCCCGGCGGCCUGCUGGGGGUUGUGGUGGGCCCGCGGCUGGGCGGGCCGUACGGCGGCGGCAACUGCCCGCUGCCGCCGGUUGCGGGUCCCGCGGGGGUGCGGCGGGUGCUGCGGCGCCUGCGCUCGCUCCCGUUUCCGGCGGUGGGCGCGGGACCGGCCUGUUCCCCCCUCGUCGUGCACACGAACCACCUGAUCGGCUGGUGCCUCGACGGCGGCAACGCCGCCCCGCUCUACGCCCACAGCGUGGACGAGCUCGCCCGCCUGCAGCCGCGGCGGCUGCAGACGCUCUCGCCCGACAACGCCCUCGUCUGCACCGCGUACUACGAGUGGGACGACUGGCGCGAGGCGGCGCGGGAGCCCGGCUGGUCGUGGCACCACGCCGACGAGGCGGUGGCGAGCGGCCUGGUGCGCGGGCAACUCUCGCCGGAGGACCUCCACCGCCUCCCGCACGCCAGGCCGUAG